AUGGCAUCACUGCAGGGUAGCUCUCAUGCAACAAUCUGGACAGCGGUGCUGAUUCUCCUCUUCUGUGGCGAAAGCGGUGUCGCAAGUGCUAGCCCGGUCAUCCUCUCUCGUCGCAUGCUCCAACUCACAUGCACCCCGAAACUCGUCGACUGCUCCGUGACGUCAUGCGCGAACCCCUUGGCACUAACCGGGGCCCAGUUUGCCCUUCUGUGCGCGGUUCCUGGUAUCCAGGGCGCUGGUCUUUAUGGAACGUUGAACGGUUUCGGUUUCAACACUGACGGGCAGAACACGAACCUGUACAAGCAGGCGUUCCUCACUGCUGAGGGCCUCUCUUUUUACGCCCACUGCGCGGAGCUCGUCGCCAAAAUCAGAGCUUCAGAUUUGGUCAGCCUGCCUGCCUGCGUCAACCCUGACGGCGUCGUCUACAUCCUCCUCGGCCUGAAGCUUGCGCUGCAAGGAGCUGUGCCGCAAGUGGCACUUCUUGAGGUCUUGGUCGAGAAAACCGCCCAGAACGUCGCCCCGUAG